GCGGCGCGCGCGGGGAGCAGCGGUGCCGGUGGUCCCGGUGGUCCCGGCGGUCCCGGCACGGGCAGCGGGCGCCGCAUCCCGACUCGAGGCCUGCCCGUCCGCCCCGUCGGGCUGCGAAGAACGGCCGAGCCCGCCCCGGCGGCAAGCCGCGGUGCAGCCGCGCGGCUUUGAUCGCUCCCGCGGCCCGGCGCUCCGCAGGGUCACCCCGGGCUCAGCCCACCGGAGCCCGGUGCGCUUCCGGGGCGGCCGAGGGGCUUCCUGCGGUGGGUGUGCGGCCGCGGUGCUGCUGCCAGUGCUGCUCCCGGCCCGGCCCGGCCCGACGCGCCGCCGGGAUGAUCAACGCCAUCCUCGUGUUCAACAACCACGGGAAGCCGCGGCUCGUCCGCUUCUACCAGCACCUGGCAGAAGAGGUGCAGCAGCAGAUCAUCCGUGACACCUUCCACCUGGUGCUGAAGCGGGAUGACCACAUCUGCAACUUCCUGGAGUGCGGCAGCCUGUUCGGCGGCUCGGACUACAAGCUGAUCUACCGCCACUACGCCACGCUGUACUUCGUGUUCUGCGUGGACUCCUCCGAGAGCGAGCUGGGCAUCCUGGACCUCAUCCAGGUGUUUGUGGAGACGCUGGACAAGUGCUUUGAGAACGUCUGUGAACUGGACCUCAUCUUCCACAUGGACAAGGUCCACCACAUCCUGCAGGAGAUGGUGAUCGGCGGGAUGGUGCUGGAGACCAACAUGAACGAGAUCGUGGCACAGGUGGAGGCCCAGGGCAAGCUGGAGAAGGCAGAGGGAGGCCUCUCAGCAGCUCCUUCUCGCGCCGUGUCGGCCGUGAAGAACAUCAACCUGCCCGAGAUCCCCCGCAACAUCAACAUCGGGGACAUCAACAUCAAAGUGCCCAACCUGUCACAGUUCAUGUGAGCAGCCCGUGCUGGGGGGCUGCCUGCUGAGCAGAGCUGGGGUCCCCGGCUCCUCCGGGGCUCUGCCCGUGUGGCACACAGGGGCCGAUGGUGGCCGAGGGCAGGGAGCAGUGACAGGGCUCAGAGAACGGGGUGGGGGGCUCAGAGAACGGGGUGGGGGGUCCUUCCCUCUGGACCUGGGCUCAGUUCUGCUCCCUGGUCCCCCAGCAACGAAGCUGCUCUUCCUUACCCUCCCUCCCUGCAGACAUGCAGCCUCUCCUCGCUGUGGGGCAGUUGGCUCCUGCCUCUCCUGGGAUUCCUGGGAUUCCCAGAGGUGAAAGUGUGCCUGUAGCGAUGGCUCUGUCAGGAGCUGCAGGUUGUCCCCUCCAUCCUCCCAGCCAUGGCUGUCCCCUGCCCUGGUCCUGCUCUCUGUGAUGGGCCCCAGCUGGGUGGGGGUCACUCCUGGGAGCUGCUGUGUGCCCUGGGGACAGUGUGAGGAGGACAGGCUGGAGCGGGGAUGGGGCAGCAAGAGGGAUGGGAGCUGAGUGACUUGGGGGGCUUGCAGGGUCAGGCCAACUGACUGGAGGGGCUGCUGGAGUGUGUCCCUGUGUCCCAAUAAACUACCCCUGAACCCA